AUAAAUAUGUGGAACUGACUUUUAAUGAAUACACAUCUUUUCAUACAAAGUUUUAUCUUCAACUUACUUCUAAUCAAAGAUGAGGAUUUCCUACACCUCAAACCGAUUUCGCUUCUUUAUCGUCUUCACUGCAUGCUUAUGUAUAUACUUUGCUAUUCAAAAGAAUAAAACUCAUGAAAAUAUCCCAACCAGUAAGUAUACCUCCUUUUUGGGUCCUAAACUUGAUAAACUUCCUAAUAAAGAUGGUACUAAAAAAUUAUUUGAAGUAUGGAAGAAAGACCAUGGACGAGUCUACAAUGAUCAACAAGAGAUGGAAAAGAAAUUUAAAAUUUUUGUUUCAAAUUUGAAGUAUAUAGUAGAGACCAAUGCAAAGAGAGACUCACCUCAUAGCUCCGUUGUUGGUCUGAACAACUUUGCGGAUGUGAGCUCCACGGAGUUCAGAGAAAAAUACAUGACCUUAAAGACUGUCGCCAUGGAUAUUUUGAACGAUGAUGAUGAUGUUAAGGACGUAACAUGUAGCGAUCCACCUUCAACCUUGGACUGGAGGUCGAGGGGAGCUGUCACUUCUGUUAAGGAUCAAGGCCUUUGUGGUUGUUGUUGGGCAUUCUCAUCUGUUGCCGCUAUUGAAGGAAUAGUUGCAAUAAAGACAGGGACGCUUAUUAGCCUUUCAGAGCAAGAGCUUCUAGAUUGUGUACCAGAUGGAGAUUGUGAUGGAGGACUUGUGCCCGAUGGAUUGACUUGGGUACAAAGACACAGAGGUGUUGCAUCACGAGCUGAUUAUCCUUAUAUGGCUAGGAAGGGUGAUUGCAGAGCCUCCGAGAUUCAAAACAGUGCAAAUAGUAAUAUUGAUUCAGAGGAGGGCGUGCCGAGAUCAGACAGGGCACUAUUGUGUGCAGUUGCUAAGCAGCCUGUUAGUGUUGGUAUUUAUGCAGACUCACCCUCAUUUAAACUUUACACCAAUGGAAUAUUUAGAGGUGAAGAUUGUCCCUUGGAUCCUAAGAACGUAACUCACGGCAUGCUAAUAGUGGGUUAUAAUUCCUUAAACGGUGAAGAUUACUGGAUUGUGAAGAACUCACAUGCGACAACAUGGGGAAUACAGGGUUAUAUGUGGAUCAAAAGGGACUAUAGUAAACCGUAUGGAGUGUGUGGAAUCAAUGGACAUGCUUCUAUUCCAAACAAAAAUUAAAAGGUUACAUUUGAAGAAUAAGUUAAAGCAAGGUUUAUAGUUCUAUGAGUCUAGAGUUUGUUAUGCGGUUAUUCUUGAUGUUGUUUUGAAUACGUCAAUUCUCUUGUUCAUGAUUGUUGUUCUUGAUGUAACAUAACAGUGAUGAUAAUAAAAUAGUUGGUAUUUUGUGAUUA